CGCCAGUGAUCAAGGUAAUAAAAAACUGACAGUCCUCAUUACUCAAGCAACUGUGCAAAAGUGUGUUCGCUGAAAUUUGGCGCUAACUAAGUCAAGCCAACUUUCCUAACUUCAGUCUAUUAUGGACCAAAAAAUUAAAAAUAAGCGACUUCCGAAAUCGCUGGAAGACGAGUUGAAUAGAAACGCUUCACAGCCUUCGUGGAAAUCUUACAAUGAGGGCAUUCACGAGCGCGUCAACUUUGACGACACCAUCUGGGGCUUCAACUUGGCGGGUGGAGCCUACUAUAACACACCCUUGAGGAUCACUUACAUAAAGCCAGAUAGCCGAGCGGAAAAAGCUGGUAUCCAGAUAGGAGACACGCUGCAGAGUAUCAAUGGCAUAGAGACUUCCACCCUCACGAUACAAGAGGCGCACGACAUGAUCCUGGAAUCCGGCAUCGAAAUCAAGCUCGGAUUUACUGCGCCGGACGUCGAUGAAGCCACACAUUAUGUAUACCAGGAUGAAAUUGAUGAUGAAGAAGAGCAACGAAGACUACUGAGAGAAUUAGAGGCCGCUGCCAAAAAGUGUCAAUUUAAGGGCGCCAAGACUAAUGACGCUUGGAGCCUGGCUUGGCCGUGUAACAAGAAACGUGAUAUCAUGUAUCGCGAGUCCAAUUGCUUUCUGGUGCCCAGCGUGUACGAGAAGAAGCAUCCAGAGAAAAUACUGAAAAAUCGGACAAUGGGGCAAGAAGCGAAGGCUUAUGUAGGUCAAUAGAGAACAAUCACACAAUUAAUUAACUCUCCUUUAUGUUUUUGUAAUUUAUUAAAAUUAUUUUUAACUUUAA